AUGGCGUCCACCCGCUCGCCGAUCGAUUCGUGCCACACCCAAGAUGACGCCCGCGUUGGGCCGCUCCUCAUGUGCCACACGAAAAAUGGCGGCCACCGGGCGGUAAUGAGAGACAUUCCAUAUCCCCCGGAAGUGGGGGUGGUUUUCGAGACCACUUCCGGGGCGAGAGGUCACCCGGUUUUUCCCGCCCCGCCCCCUCCGGCAGGCAUGUCCCCCGCCAUGGCGACGGAUGGGCCCGCACUGGCCGAGCUGCUGCUGCAGCGGCUGGAGCGGGCCGGGGGCGGCGGCCUGGGCAGCCUGGAGGCGGCCGCGGCGCUGGGCCUGGAGCACCAGCAGCUGGUGGGGGCCGUGAAGAGCCUGCAGGCGCUGGGGGAGGUCAUCGAGGCUGAGCAGCGAUCCUCUAAACGCUGGGAGCUGACGCCCGAGGGGAAGGAGAUCAUCCAGGAGGGAAGCCAUGAGGCGCGUGUCUUUGACAGCAUCCCUGCUGAAGGGCUGCCCCAGAGCGAGCUGAUGAAUCUACCGAGUGGGAAAGUGGGGUUCAGCAAGGCCAUGUCCAACAAGUGGGUGCGGCUGGACAAGAACGCGGACGGGGGUCCGCGCAUCUUCCGGGCUGUGGAAAGCGUGCAGGACUCCGUGCGGGAGAAGCUGCAGCUGGUGCAGCAGGGAGAGGCUGAGAGCCUGGAGGAAAAAGACAGGAACGAACUGAAGAAACGGAAACUCCUGAUGGAAGUGGUCAUCAAGACCUACUGGAUCCGGAAAGGCAGUGCCUUCAGCACCACGGUCACCAAGCAGGAGACGGACCUCACGCCAGAGAUGAUCGCCAGUGGCUCGUGGCGUGACCUGAAGUUCAAGGCGUACAACUUCGAGGCGCUGGGGAUCAUGCCCGAGAGCGGGCACCUCCACCCGCUGCUCAAGGUCCGCACCCAGUUCAGACAGAUCUUCCUCGAGAUGGGUUUCACAGAAAUGCCCACCAAUAACUUCAUCGAGAGCUCCUUCUGGAACUUCGACGCCCUCUUCCAGCCACAGCAGCACCCGGCCCGCGAUCAGCACGACACCUUCUUCCUACAGGAUCCUGCCGAAGCCACGGAUUUCCCCAUGGACUAUCUGAAGAGAGUGAAGAAGAUCCACUCGCAAGGAGGCUACGGUUCCCAGGGGUACAAAUACGACUGGACACUGGAGGAGGCGCGGAAGAACAUCCUGCGGACGCACACCACAGCUGUCAGCGCCCGCAUGCUCUACCGGCUGGCCCAGCAGGAGAAGUUCACCCCAGCCAAGUAUUUCUCCAUUGACCGGGUCUUCCGGAACGAGACGCUGGACGCCACCCACCUGGCCGAGUUCCACCAGAUCGAGGGGGUGGUGGCCGACUACGGCCUGACCCUGGGGGACCUCAUGGGCACCCUCAGGGAGUUCUUCACCAAGCUGGGGAUCAGCCAGCUGCGUUUCAAGCCGGCCUACAACCCCUACACGGAGCCCAGCAUGGAGGUGUUCAGCUACCACCAAGGGCUCCAGAAGUGGGUGGAGGUGGGUAAUUCGGGGAUCUUCCGCCCAGAGAUGCUGCUGCCGAUGGGCCUGCCGGAGGGCGUGUCGGUCAUCGCCUGGGGCCUCUCUCUGGAGCGCCCCACCAUGAUCAAAUACGGCAUCAACAACAUCCGGGAGCUGGUUGGGCACAAGGUGAACCUUCAGAUGGUGUACGACGGCCCGCUCUGCCGCCUCGACGCGUAGGGUCCUGCCGCCGGGCCAGCCCCGUAUUUAUUAGUGUCCUCUCCGGGGGGCUCCCCUCCCCCUCUGCAGCUGGGCCGGGGCUGCCCCCCUUCCUGGGCAGAGGGCUGGCAGGGCGCCCUCGGCCCCCUUCCGUCCAGCCCCGUGCUCUGCCCUCCCCGCUGGGGGACACGGCAGAGCUGCCCGGGUCAGUGCCGGCACCUGCAGCCUGUUGCGCCCCAAUAAAGGGCUAGUGUCUGGG